UUCUACAGCAUAAUGCAAUCAUUCCACAAACAUCACCUCGAAAUUGACUUAACACAGGCCUGUGUUGGAGACUUAAAUACCAUUGUACGCGGUGACAUUAAUUUCCCCAUCAUCUAUGGCGUAGGUGUAAAUAUAAAUACCGGUGAAAUAUUUCCAGCUACUUUCCCAGAGAGAGGUCCAGAUAGGCAAUUAAGAGAUGCACGCAUUUUUAUGGGAGCACAAACGGUACUUGAUGUAUACGACUCUUCUUUGGGAAUGCUACGUAUUGGCCCAUUCAAUUAUGAUCCACUUCGUGGUGUAGAUUUAUGGCUAUCACAAACUGAUGAAUUUAUUUUACAGCAUUUAUCCUCAAGUCCUGAUGUGGAACCACCACACUUUGCUAUGCAUAUGCGCGCAACCAUUAAAUUUAUACAAGAGAACCAAUUUCCCGCUAUUACUGUAUUCAGAGAUAAUCGGCCACGCUAUUAUAGACGCGAUGAAACUACGGGUUACUGGACCAUUGUUAGAUAUUAAAUAAAAUUAAAACAACAAAUUGGAAGCAAUUAUUUGAAAUGUAUAUAAAAGUAAAAUUUG